UGUUCUUUCAUUUUUCUCUCAAUUAGUUGAAUCCUUUUCUCCAAGUGAAGUAAUUAAAAUCUUUUAGCAUCUUUUUUUUCUUAUUCAAUUGUAAUUUUCUCUAAUUAAUUUGUUUUUUUCUUGUAAUUAAGUAUCAGCUUAAUACAAUUUAUUCGGAAAUGAAAUACGUUUUAUUGGAUGGUGAAAGUCUUGAGACUAGUGAUUUACUUGAGAUUGGUUAUGGCCGUUUGAAGGUUCGUUUGACUUCUGAGGCUGAAAUUAAAGUAAAAAAAGGUCGUGAUCUUUUAGAAUCUAUUUUGAAAGAGAAUAAGGUUGCCUAUGGUGUUAACACUGGAUUUGGUAAAUUUGCUAACAAGGUGAUACCAAACGAUUGUCUUGAACAGUUACAGUUAAAUCUGGUCCGUAGUCAUGCUGCCGGUGUUGGUAAUCCACUUACACCUGAUAGGGUUAGAAGGUUACUUGCUUUACGAAUCAAUGUUCUUUCCAAAGGACAUUCUGGUAUCUCUUUGGAAACAUUGAGACAAUUAAUUGACGCUUUCAAUGCCUCAUGUCUCUCAUGGGUACCCGAAAAGGGUACAGUCGGUGCUUCUGGUGAUUUAGCGCCAUUGGCUCAUCUAGCAUUGGGUAUGUUAGGUGAGGGUCAAAUGUGGUCACCUGAAACUGGUUGGGCAAAUGCUUCCCAUGUUCUUGAAACACAUGAUCUUAAACCAAUCAGGUUAAAGGCUAAAGAGGGUUUAGCUUUACUCAAUGGAACCCAAUUAAUUACUUCACUUGGUGCUGAAGCGGUUGAAAUGUCUGCCAGUAUUGCUCUUCAGGCUGACAUAGUUGCUGCUUUAUCUCUUGAGGUUCUAAAAGGUACUUCUCGUGCAUUUGAUGCUGACAUUCAUCGUAUUCGUCCUCAUCGAGGUCAAAUUAUGGUUGCCAAGCGACUUCGAUCUCUUUUACACUCUGAUAUUCAUCCAUCAGAAAUCGCCGAGUCUCAUAGAUUUUGUGAUCGUGUUCAAGAUGCUUAUACGAUUCGUUGUUGUCCCCAAGUUCAUGGUAUUGUUCAUGAUACUAUUACUUUUGUCAAAGAUGUUAUCACUACCGAGAUGAAUUCGGCUACAGAUAAUCCGCUUGUUUUCCCAGAAAGAUCUGAAAUUAUCUCUGGAGGUAAUUUUCACGGUGAAUAUCCUGCCAAAGUAUUAGAUUAUUUAACAAUUGGAGUUCAUGAAUUAGCGGCAAUGUCAGAAAGACGGAUUGAAAGAUUGGUUAAUCCUGCUUUAUCCGGUCUUCCGGCUUUUCUGGUUGAAAAUGGUGGAUUAAAUUCUGGAUUUAUGAUUGCUCAUUGUACCGCUGCAGCCUUGGUUUCAGAAAACAAAGUAUUAUGUCACCCGGCUUCAGUUGAUUCAUUGUCAACCUCUGCUGGAACUGAAGAUCAUGUAUCAAUGGGUGGAUAUGCUGCUAGAAAAGCACUUACCGUUGUAGAAAAUGUUGAAAGAGUAAUCGCCAUUGAACUUUUAGCUGCAUGUCAGGCGAUCGAAUUCCUCAGGCCACUUAAAUCAACAAAACCAUUAGAAGCCGUUUAUGCAUUGGUUCGAGAUGUUGUCAAACCAUGGGAUAAAGAUAGAUUCAUGGCUCCGGACAUUGAUGCUGCUACUCAAUUACUUAGGGAAAAUAAAAUAUUCGAUGUAGUUCAACCUUUUAUGGAUCUGUACGAUGAAAGAUAUUCAGGAUAUAAAGCGGACUCACCAACCUCGUCCUUUUCAAUUGACCACAGGGCGAAACGACGUAAAGCUGAGAUUCAUUUUGCAUAAAUUGUAAUUUCAAACAAUUUAGAUUAUAGAUUAACAUUUACAAUCUAAUUUCAGUUUUACAAUAUUUACAAUAAGUAAGAAAACAAAAACAUGAACA